CGGUCUAGAAAAACAGUCCACGCAUGCGUAUUCAAUCGGGAUGAGGUCAAUCGAUUCAGCUAGAAUCCUGUCACGUUUACAGUCUUGUGUAAAUCAUUUGUUCUCCAGACUGGUGGAGUGUGGGAGGUCAAAGAGUUGGUUGAGCAUUUCUAUAUAUUUACGAGAAACAAAGUGAGCAGAACUAGCUGUACUAGGAUACAAGAAUGAUGGAAAUCCCACAGUCAAGUUCGAGUGUUGAUGACGAUAUAAUGGAGCAGUUAAUCGAGCAGCAACUCAUGAAGGAUAUAGAGGCUGUGAUGUCAGGAAAGCGUAUCGACGAGGUUACCGGCGAGCUGACGUCAGCCCCACUUGGUGAUGAAUACAUUAUGGCGAAGUUACAAAGUACGAAGCAACGACUUUAUGAUGAUGAUGAAGAUGAUGAGCCAAACGUGAAGGAAAUUCAGCCCAAGAGCUUCAGGGAUAGGACCAUCUUUAAAAACUUCAUACGCGGAUGCAAAACGAACCCGUAUCCCGAACGUGGGUCUAUAAUAAAAAUAAAACUGGCAGAGAGCGUGGAAGAAGUGAAAAUGGAUGGAGGGAAAAUUAAAGAUUUGGUCGUGGAAAAACAUGUCCAAAUGAAUUAUGAUACCGGUGAAUGGUCGAUUGUUAAAAUCUACCGCGACCUCCACGGCGCAAUAGUACCAACGCCGCCAGCGCGAUCAAAGAAUAAUAAGCGAAAACGGCAUUAAAAAUCUUUAUAUAAUUAAACUAGUUUUAUGGUAUAUCAAUAAAUAUACAUAAAAAAAAGAAAUUCGGGAAGAUGUUUAAAAAUAUUUCAAGCAUUUCUUCACUUUAAGUAGUGGUUAUUUAUAUAAUCUUUGAUUUAAAAGUACAGUGUAAGUUUUGAGGUUAUAAUGACAUGCAAUUUUUUUGAGGUUAAAAGUCAAGAUCAAGAAAUA